GUGGGUAUGGUGGUCUCACUGUAGUGAGAGGAGAUGACAAUCCCGUUGGAAGACCAACGAUGAAUCGAAGUCAGCGCCGCAUGCACGUAUACAACAUGAAGAAAGCUGACGAAACUGGUGAUUGGGAAAAUAUGGUUACGGCGGAACAGCGACCACAGGAAAACCCCCCAGCCCAGCGCCGUCCAACGGCACGAGCCGCAGCUUGGAAAGCCAAGCGUACAGCGAAGCCACCGGCACUUAAAGAUCCGGCUGAAGAUAGGGCACGACCCGUAGUUCGAAAGGCUGCAACGGAAACCUUGAAGGAUGAGCCAAUGUGGGCCUUCGGACCAUUUAACGGUACUCAACCGAAGCGCCAGAUCAAUCAACACAAUCUGGAUUUCUCCACGUUUCCCUUACUUUGCGAGAGAGUCUAUAUGAACCUGGAGUCCGUGAACCCACGCUUGCGAAAGGAGAUGCCAUUUUGCAUGUUCCAACAUGUAAUGGUUUCGGCGUUGAAUGCGUACCUUAUUAACCAUGUACGCACUGUGAAUGCUGAGGAUCGAUUUGCUGAUGAGGAAUCCCCGGUAAAUCUGUUCGCUACCGAUUUCGUUCUGCCCGCUGAUAUUGCUGAAUAUCUCAAGAAUAUCGCCAACACCGUAACACCACAGGGUAAUUUAAUACGCGUUAACGUCCCUGAUGCCUGUAUUCCCAAACCACCGAUGCCAGCUGAAGGUGAAAUCCCUUGUUUAGCGUCUGGUACUUUCGGAGCUGUAACGGCUGAAAAUCACAAUGCUUAUGAAUGCUAUGUAUCGCCAUUUAUCACAGCUAGCUUGGUAACCGCAACCAAAAACCAGAACGUUAGUAAAACGUUUGAUGCAGCUUGGAAUCCCUUGCCUGCUGGUGCAUUUCCAACCGGCACUGUACCUAAUGAGAAUCUCUUAGGCUACAAGAAGAAAGUAGAGCGUCUCAACCCUGAGGGGCUUCAAGCCAUUGCUAAUCCUGAAUUUCAAGAAGGGGACAACAUGGCUGGACGACUUCGUAUUUCCUCACAAUUUAAUGCUCGAGUAUCGGGCACACUACAGAGGAUGAAAGAUCAGUACAAGAUGGUGACUGGAAUACCAGGCCACGGGUCUAACUCCGCCGCUCUUCGCUGGAUAAAAGUUAGUACCAUUCCCGGAACAUCUGGGAACCAAAAUACCACACGAUUAUCAAGCGUGAUGGGCGCGGUGAAUUCACCCGUCGCUUUGGGAAGUGCCCAAGCAAAUAUAGUUGGUGUUUUUGGACUUAAGCGUGAACGCACGGCCAACGCACGAGGGCUAUGUUACACAUUAGCGGAGGGACCACGUCACCUAGUACCGAUAAGCAAAAGCAGCCGACUGCUAAACUUGAAACCCACUAGCGCGAAUGAGGUUAAGGAAACUUCCCUAAGCCCGCACACCGAUCCUCGGCCUGACAGAACAAGAGUGAGAGAGCUUCGCUCUGAGUCUUUGAACUUUAUUGCAAGAAUCGUGAAUAUAUAUAUAUCUCAUACGUGGGAAAAUACGCCUGUUGAGAUCAAGAACGACGCCCAUUCCCCCAAAAGACGUCAUACCUGA